AGAAACGUCAAAGUUCAGUUUUGUUUGAAGUUGUUUGUAAUCCUUUGUAUCAAAGCCAAAUAAUUUUCGCCUUUUCUCUACAUAUCCGUCGAGAAUUUUAAUAUUUUAACGUUUAUUUUAGUGUUGCACAUUAACGAAAAUGCUUAGUGAUUGUGAUUAUUCCGAACAAUAGCCAAAAAGUGAAUAAAUUGUGUUAAUUGUAAAGAGGUGAAAAUAGUAGACUCGUCCAGUGUAGCUUUGUUUUUCAGUUGUAUAACAACAAAAUCGAACUGAAACUACAACCAAAAAUAAGCUCGCAAUUUGCACCAAACUGCUUGUAAUGUGCCCAGAUUAUUUAUUGAGCAAAAGAUCUGUAAGGCGUACUUUCGUGCCGUCGGUUAGCCUCCUUCAUUCAAAAAGAAAAGGAAUAUUCAUACACCCCACAGCUAUGUUCAAAAACAUUUGUAAUAAUAGUUUGUGUAUACCGUCGAGACAAUAAAUAUUUUUACAACCCUAAGGAGUUUUCUAACUACACGCGCGUCAGAGUCAUCAGGGAACAUUGUGAGAAUGAAGCUUUUAGAAAGUACUAGAUUCGAGGCUAUCAACAAUGCCCUGGCUAUACAAACCGGUGAUAGCAAAAUUAUUGGUCGCAUUGAAAGCUACUCGUGCAAAAUGGCUGGAACCGAUAAAGCACUGUACAAAAGAUUCAAUGCUGAGGGCGUGAAUCCCAGUGACCUCCAGGCUCUCUCACCCCCUCAAGGAGUAUCACCCGGCCAUUCCCAAUACAGCAGAAGCAUAUCAGGCGACGAGGAAGGUCCAUUAUGUGAUACUAUCAGUAGAAAAACCUUGUUUUAUUUGAUAGCCACCCUGAAUUCAGCUUUCCCUGAUUACGAUUUCAUGGACGUUAAGAGCCACGAAUUCAGUAAGGAGCCCUCUAGGCAAUGGGUAACAAAUGCGAUUGAUACUAACUUGGCUGCUACGGCCGGUGAGCAUUACCGCUUGUUAGGACCUUCGAUGUGGGCUGCCAUCGACGACGAAAUUUCUUUGGAAAAUUGUGAUAUUUAUUCAUACAAUCCCGACCUUAUAUCUGAUCCGUUCGGAGAAGACGGCUGUUUAUGGAGCUUUAAUUAUUUCUUCUACAAUAAGAAACUGAAGAGAAUUGUGUUUUUCACCUGUCGGGCAAUCAAUCCAAGAUAUACCCUAGAUUCAGGAUGCGGCAGUGACUUUAUCAUGGACGAGGAUGAAUCUUAUUAAUAUAUUGAAACAUAAGAUUCUAAAUCCUCCAGUGUUUUCAUAAAUCCCUAUAAAGGUGUGAACGCAGUUUGAAAAAUCUUUUGGUGAGAGCAAAAGUACAAAUUAUAUUUAAUAUUAGUCAUAAGUCCAUUAGAUUUAAGAAAAUAUCAAAAAAUAAUUAUAGAAGAUUUUUAAUGGAGUGUCCAAUUUUUCUUAUUGAUUAUAUUAACGGAUUGGACGAAACGGAAUGUUCUUUCGUUCUAGUUGUGGUAUGUAGAUAGUAUAGGCCAGUUUUAAAUAGUACUAGAAAAACAGAAUACUGCUAAUAUUUUUCUUCAAUGUAUUCUUAUGUAUGGUAUCGUCUAAUAAUUGGCAAAUGUAGAAACAAUUUUAAGAGAAUUUUAACAUAUUUAAUUUUGAACAAAAAUUCGAUUAGUAUUUAUAGUUGCAAUUUAAAGUUUCCCUUUAAGGCUCUCUUUAAACUGCCCAAUUGUCUGUUCGAAAAUUAAGCAAAUGAAAUAUUUUCCCCUUGAGAAUUUUCUCUUAUGUUAGUUAAAUUAUAAAAAUGUUGAAUUAAUAAAUAAGCACAAUAUUAGAUUUUGUUAUGCACUAAUACAUAAAGGUUAACACUCUAACACAUUGUAAUGGUAAUUACUUAAUCGUAUCGAGUAUUAAAAUUAUUUUAAUUGGAAAAUGGUAGGUGAGUGAUGAAAAAAUUAAACAAACGUAUAUUUUAAGAGGAUCUUAUUUUUGUGUAUUCUGUUCUAUUUUGUGUAUAUUUUGUAAAAUUCCAGAUCUUCAUAUGCCUCAUUCACAACGUCGAAAAUAAUUUCAUCGUUGUGAAUGGAGCAUUAAUCAAGAUCUAAUUUGUGUUGUUCACAUUUCAUCUUAACAUCAUUUAUAUACGACCGGGCGUAAAGAGCGUUUUUACACGGUGCAGUAUAUUGCAGCAAUUUAUUGCAUUGCACUUUUUAUACAAGAACGUUUGUAUUUUAAGUGCAAUACAAUAUGGCAGCAAUUUAUUGCACCGUGUGAAAACUCUUUAGAGUUCUAGAGUAAGUUUUAUGCACGCCUGUUGGUAUGUGUAAUUAGAAUGACAAGCGAAUGUUGCAGACAUAAGUAUUUAUAAAUGCCACACGCAUAUGGGGUGCAAUUUAUAAACGCUUUGUAAAUGUUGAAAGCUAAUCGCGUCGUAUGUAUUCGUAUUAGUAUUAAUAAAUUUUAGGUUUUUUGAAGACUUCUUAAUAUUUAAACAGAUGCUUGAUAUUUUGAUCUCGGAGUAUCGCAAAUUAACUUUUCUUUUCAAAUCGAUAGAUUUAAAAAUUGUACUGUGGUUGCAAUAUAUGUAGUUAAGAUCUGAAAAUAAAAUUUUAUUGUUC